CGAUGAAUUAGCCACUCCAUUUCAAACUCUCAGCUCUCGGUCUUUUCAAGUUUUUAAAUCUCAUUUCUCAAUACAAAAACAAGAUAAUGGCGUUAACGGCCUUGUUUCUUUCGGCGACGAAGCUCGCCGGAAUCAUAGUGACGAUUUCCAUCGCCGCCAAUGCUUUCUCUUUCUCGCGUUACCGGAAAAAGCAUCUCCGGCGCUUCGAUUCUCCAAUCGACGAAUCCUCCGAUAUUCUUGCUGAUUUCAAUGUCAAUGGUGAGGAGGGAAAUGGGUUUUUCUUUGGAUUGGCAACAGCUCCAGCACAUGUGGAAGACAGGCUCAAUGAUGCUUGGCUACAGUUUGCGGAAGAAAAUCCUUGUCAUAAAUCAGAAACAAGUGAUGAUGAUCCAGUGGAAGCUGAUGCAGUGAUGGGUGUUGCUGCUGAUGGUGGUUCGCAUAGUGCUCCGUUAGCUAGGGAAAAGUCUGGCAAAAAGAAGAGGCCCCUUAAGGUUGCCAUGGAAGCCAUGAUAAGAGGGUUACAAAAGUUUGUAGAGGAUGAGGCUGAAGAAGAAGGAAAAGAGACUGCUUCCUCUGAGGAAUGCCAUCAUAAUGUAGCAGCAUGGCACAAUGUUCCUCACCCGGAGGAGAGAUUAAAAUUUUGGUCUGAUCCUGACACAGAAGUGAAGCUGGCUAAAGAUACUGGCAUCAGUAUCUUUCGGAUGGGAAUAGACUGGAGUCGAGUCAUGCCACAGGAGCCAGUUAAUGGGAUUAACGAUGCUGUCAAUUAUGCAGCACUGGAGCGAUAUAAAUGGAUAAUCAACAGAGUUCGGUCUAAUGGAAUGAAGGUGAUGCUCACACUAUUUCAUCACUCACUGCCCCCAUGGGCUGGUGAUUAUGGUGGAUGGAAGCUGGAGAAAACUGUUGGUUACUUCAUUGAGUUUACCAAGCUUGUUGUCGACAGCGUAUCAGAUAUGGUCGACUAUUGGGUAACAUUUAACGAACCUCAUGUAUUCUGUAUGCUUACUUAUUGUGCGGGUGCUUGGCCCGGUGGUCAUCCUGAUAUGCUGGAGGUUGCCACUUCUGCUAUGCCAACUGGUGUUUUUAUGCAAGCCUUGCAUUGGAUGGCCGUUUCACAUUCAAAGGCCUAUGACUAUAUACAUGAACAAAGCAGUACAUCAUCAAAAAAAGUGGUUGGAAUAGCACAUAAUGUAUCAUUUACACGGCCAUAUGGUCUCUUUGAUGUUGCUGCUGUUACGCUGGCCAAUUCUCUCACCAUUUUUCCAUAUGUGGAUAGUAUACGUGACAAGCUGGAUUUUAUAGGCAUAAACUACUAUGGGCAGGAAGUAAUAUCUGGUGCCGGACUGAAGCUAGUAGAGACUGAUGAGUACAGUGAAUCAGGGCGAGGGGUUUAUCCAGACGGCCUGUUUCGUCUGUUAAUAGAGUUUCAUGAAAGAUACAAACACCUUAAGGUCCCAUUCAUAAUUACAGAGAACGGUGUUAGUGAUGAGACGGAUAUUAUCCGUAGACCUUAUCUUUUAGAACAUUUACUUGCUGUUUAUGCAGCAAUGCUCAAGGGUGUCCCUGUGCUCGGUUACAUGUUUUGGACUAUUUCCGACAACUGGGAAUGGGCUGAUGGUUAUGGUCCUAAGUUUGGACUUGUAGCCGUUGAUCGUGCCAAUGGCCUUGCUCGAAUCCCACGUCCUUCAUAUCACCUCUUUUCAAAGGUGGUAACCACAGGCAAAAUUACACGUGAAGACAGGGAAAGAGCAUGGAAUGAACUUCAAAAAGCUGCAAAAGAGAAGCAAACAAGACCUUUCUAUCGGGAAGUUAAUAACCAAGGUUUGAUGUAUGCAGGAGGCCUUGAUGAACCUACACAGCGGCCUUUUAUCGAAAGAGAUUGGCGGUUUGGACACUACGAAAUGGAAGGUCUGCAGGAUCCAUUAAGCCGAUUAUCCCGAUACCUUCUCCAACCUUUCUCCCUCAAAAAGAAGAGGAAAUAUAAGAAAGUUGACACUGAAUUGGUUCUUCAGCCCCUUGAACUGAAUGUGUAAAGGUAUAUAAACUCUAGUAUUAGUUCCAUUGUUUGGAAUUCUUAGCAUACAGCACCAGACAGUCGGUACAGUUACUUUUGCCUUAAGAGGCUGAGACUCUGGCUCUUUAAAUAAAGUGAUUUAAACA